AACUUGGCUCUACCAGUGGGUGGCAGUAGUCAGCUAACUGCGCCUAACUUACCAGAGAACUAAAGAGUAAGAAAAACAAGCCACUCGUACGACUAGUGCAAGGGGCGACGACGCAGAAGAAAGGUAGGCCAUGGCUCGCGGGCAGCAAAAGAUUCAAUCCCAGCAGAAGGCUGCCAAGAAGGCAGCCGACAAGAAGAAAGGACAGGCCGCCGACCAAAAGAUUGCAGCCAAGGCUGCGCUUGUGCACUCCUGCCCAGUGUGCCGGACACAAAUGCCUGACCCUAAGACAUUCAAGCAGCACUUUGAGAGCAAGCACCCCAAGUCUCCCAUGCCCCCAGAGCUGGUUGAUGUCCAGGCUUAGAUGUCCUGGAGCUGGCACAGGAAGGGUAAGCUGGACCUGGAAGUCUCAUAGAUUCGAUGGAUGAGGAAAGAGCAGAUGGAAGUCGAAGGAGGAGUACAGGGAUUAAUGGUCAUGGGGGGUGGUGGUGGUGGUGGGGGGGGGGCUUAGGAAUACUCGGGUAACAUUGACCUUAAAGGGGGCGGGCACCAGCACCCGUUUUUGUAUUUAUUUUGUGUACAUUUGGCCCCUUUAGAAAGAUAUCCCACUAUAAGGUGUACAGUUCUUACCCACUGAGCACUGAUCGUCCUGAUGUAACGUCAAUAUAAGGACCUUAUUUACUGGUCAUUUGCUCAGUUGGAAUUGUUAGAAUGUCCCUUUAUUUUACACCUUAAACUGCACCUCAUGCCAAUUUUUGUACACCUCUCACAUACUCUUGUGCAAAAUAUUGAUAAUUUUACGUUUUUGAGAAUGUGAUGCCAGUGUGGAGGAUACUGUAUUUGUAGUCCAGGGACCGUGUUACCUGGUAUACUUGAGUCAUCAAAUCAUUCAAAUUUGGCCUGAUACCUAGUAUACUUUAAUUAAAAAAAACAAAGUGAAUGACUAAAUUCCAGGGUCCACACUGAUGCAAUGUUACGGUAUUCUGCAUGUUACCCUUUCUAAUAAAUUGAGCCGUAUAUAAAAACGAAGACAUUCCGUCUGCAAGCCAAUCUACUGGUCUGGUAUUUACACACGCGAACACUUGUUUUAAAAUACUGAUUAUUUACGACAAGUCUGUUCACAUACCACCUGACACUUCUGAUCUUUCAGUGGAAGUGUGUAUGUUCGCUUUCUGUCACAUAUGCAUCAAUACGAGCCGUUGAUCCCAUGCAGAAGACUGCGCUACAUGGUGGAUUUUCACAGCAAUGUGAAGGCACUACGGUCAGCUCUCCUGAAAUCUGCUCACUAAGGCAGACCAACUGUCAGUCCCUGUGUACAUAAGUGACUACAAAGAUUAGAUUUUUCAUUGCUAUGAACUUGUACUGGUUAAACCUGUAAUUAAAGAAAUCUAGAACAUC